UAAAGAUGAAGCUGUGUGUUCCAGGUGGAGGUGGAGAACUUCGUGCUGAAGAUGGCGGCUGAGUUUCCCUCCAGGAGAGACCAGCUGAUCUUCCUCAUGAACAACUACGACAUGAUGCUCAGCGUCCUCAUGGUGGGUCACGUGACCAUGUGACCACGUGACCCCUCCCCCCUCCUCUAAACCGCUUGUUGUUCCCUGUUUGUCCCGGAGAGGGCGGCAGACGACAGCAAAGAGGUGGAGGGAUUCCAACAGCUGCUCUUGGCCCGCACUCAGGUAAACCUCACAGGUGCAUUGUGGGAAAUCUGAAGCUCCCCUGGGCUCCCUUCCUCUUUGUGCUCGAGCUUUUAUUUUGAAAAGCCUUGCAGCGCGGCAUCAUGGAGUUGUUGUUCUUCACUUCAGUUCUUUUACCACAAGUUAUCCUCCUCCUCCUCCUCUUGCUCCUCCUCUUCUUGCUCCUCCUCCAGGAGUUCAUCGAGGAGAUCCUGUCUCCUCCCUUCGGAGGGAUGAUCUCCUUCGUGAAGGAGGCCGAGUCGUUGAUGGAGAAAGGUCAGCUGGACCGACUGAAGAACGACGAAGUUCGCAUCACUCAGCUGGUUCGGGGCUUCUCCAGCUCGUGGAAGCAGUCGGUGGAGUCCAUGAGUCAGGACGCCAUGAGGUCCUUCACCAACUUCAAAAAUGGAACCAGCAUCAUCCAGGGCGCCCUGACCCAGCUGAUCCAGUACUACCACGGCUUCCACAAGAUCCUCAACCAGCCCGCCUUCCGCAGCCUGGCCGUCCGCUCGGAGCUCAUCAACCUGCACCACCUCAUGGUGGAGGUGAAGAAGCACAAGCCCAACUUCUAACAUGGGGUCACCUGGAGUCACCUCGGGUCACAUGGGGUCACAUGGGGUCAGCUCGGGUCACAUGGAGUCACAUGGGGUCACAUGGGGUCACCUCGGGUCACAUGGGGUCACAUGGGGUCACAUGGAGUCACCUCGGGUCACAUGGGGUCACAUGGGGUCAGCUCGGGUCACAUGGAGUCACCUCGGGUCACAUGGAGUCACCUGGGGUCACCUGGAGUCACCUCGGGUCACAUGGGGUCAGCUCGGGUCACAUGGAGUCACCUCGGGUCACAUGGAGUCACAUGGGGUCACCUCGGGUCACAUGGGGUCAGCUCGGGUCACAUGGGGUCACAUGGGGUCACCUGGAGUCACCUCGGGUCACAUGGGGUCACCUCGGGUCACCUGGAGUCACCUCGGGUCACAUGGGGUCAGCUCGGGUCACAUGGAGUCACCUCGGGUCACAUGGGGUCCGAGGUCUGUCCAUGAAGUCUCUGAAUGUUUCUACUUCUUUUCUUUCUCAUUGAAAUGUGAUUAAAAAAACUGAAAUAAUAUAAAACAACUUAUUUUAUUAAACACUGAAAGUGUGAUUUUAUUUAAUGUGCAUUAAUAAAUCAUUCGUAACUUGUGAGAAGCUG